AUGAAGGCAGACAUCAUUGCGGCCCUCGCGGGUAGUUACUCUCUCUUGAACACCACAGUCGUCACCCCAAAUGGCACAGUCACCCAGGACCAGGCCUACGGCGCCGCGCCGGUAGGAAUGCUGCACUACACGCCCGAGGGAUACAUGUCGGCGACCAUCACCGCGACAGAACCAGAGUGGCGGCCCCUCGACCUCACAUUCCCAAGCCAGGCCAACCAGAGCGAUGCCGAAUGGGCAGCCCUAGGCAGGCACCUGCUCUGCUACGCAGGCCCCCUACAAAUCAGCGACGCCAUCCCGGCCAACAGCACCUCGGGCCAGGUGAUCCACGGGCCCCUGGUCGUGGCCGCGAUCCCCGCGUGGGUCGGCACCAGCCAGGCGAGGAACUACACCGUCUUUGAGGACCCCAACGGCGACACGAUCCUCAGGCUCCAGGCGCCGCGGCCGACGGGCAUGGCCAACAUCUUUUGGCGGAAGCUGCCUUCUCGGGUGGAGCCGACGGCUGCCAAGACCGGGGGACAUCAUCGGGGGGGCAAGGGCCAGUGA